ACACACACACACACACACACACACUCCAGGACAGGCACUCUCCAAAGAAGGUACACACAUGAGACUCCCCAGGAAGAGGAGACCUUGAGGAACCAGAAACCCACCCCCAAACUGGAUGGCAUUUCUCCUGAGCUGGCAGCUCCUUCCACAUGGCUCCUGGAAGGUGGUUAUUUUUCACAGCCUCCAUUCUGAGUUCCUGGAACAUCGCUGUGGGGGCCCAGGUGACCAUCACCCUAGUCCCUGAGAGGGCAACGGUCGGCGGCAGCAUCAUGUUCUCAGUGCACAGUGUCCCGAAAGAUGUCCUUUCAUUCACAUGGUACCGGGAGAGCAACAACAGCGCCAACAAGUUCUCUGUAAUCAGACCUGGAGAGCGAUCAAAGCGCCUCUUUGGGAAUCAGAGCAAGGACCAUGUCCUUACGCACAUAAAUGGCUCCCUGAUGCUGAAAAACCUUUCUUCCAGAGAUUCUGGCCUCUACCUCAUCAAAGUCAACACCUUGGACGGAGAAGAUUUUUGGAGUGAGAAAUACAUCCAAGUAUAUGAUUCUCAGGAUUCUUCUGGGACCUCACAGUCUAGAGAAAUCAACCUCAUCUUUCUUGUUACGACUGCUGUUCUGGCUGCACUGGUGAUAGCUGGAGGCCUGGGCUGUAUUCUGUGUAUUAGAAACACCAAAAGGGCUUCACAGAAACAAAUGGAAGAUCUAAGACCAGGUGGGGAGAGUCAUGCAGCCAGGAUCCAAAAAAAGGUUUUUCAUACAUAUGAAAAUGAUUCCCAGUCCCGAGUUCUGCACACAUAUGAGAAUCAAUCACAGCCUGCAGUUCUGCACACGUAUGAGAAUCAAUCACAGCCUGCAGUUCUGCACACAUAUGAAAACAAUCCCCAAGCUGGAGAUAGGAUGGCAACCACCCAGGAACAGAGUUUUGCCUCAGCCUCUUCCUCAACCCUGUCUGAGAAAGCUUACCAGGAGAUAGAUGUCACCAAAGUGGAUGUCUAUGACCAGAUCAUCCACCCAAGAAGCCAAGGAGGAAGGAAGAUGUCCCAGAGAUGAUGCCUUCUGCCCACCAAGGCACCAUCUUUCUGGAGCAGCAUCAAUGGAGGAAAAGCCCUUGGAGACAAGACAGAAUAACUGGGAACCCUUGUCAAGGGCUCAUCCAGAAACCACUGUCCCCAAUCCCCGAGCUAAGCCCAAUAAAAGCACCUGACCCCAAAAAAGGUUGUACUCUCCUUCCUCCCUAACCAUGGAAACUCCCAUAGUUUCUGGUUGCU